AUGGAACAAAACAAUGAAACUUCUUGGGGCGAUUUUAUUUUGCUUGGCUUCUCAGACCAACCUCGAUUGGAAGUUAUCCUUUUUAUAGUGGUUUUGACAUCCUACCUUUUGACCCUUGUGGGCAACACAGCCAUCAUCCUGGUAUCCUACCUGGACUCCAAACUGCACACCCCCAUGUAUUUCUUCCUCACAAAUCUCUCCUUUCUUGAUCUUUGCUUCACUACCAGCAUUGUCCCUCAACUACUAUGGAACCUGAAGGGACCAGCCAAGACCAUCACAUCCACUGGCUGUGUCAUCCAACUCUAUGUGUCCCUCUCCUUAGGUUCCACUGAAUGUGUUCUUCUUACUAUUAUGGCAUUUGACCGCUACGUGGCUGUGUGCAGGCCUCUCAGUUACACUACGAUCAUGCACCCAUCAUUUUGCAAGGCUUUGGCGGGAAUAGCCUGGCUAAGUGGAGUAGGAAACACUCUUAUCCAAGGCACCAUCACCCUUAGGCUUCCUCGAUGUGGGCAUCGUCAUCUCCACCACUUCUUGUGUGAGGUGCCUGCCAUGAUCAAGUUGGCAUGUGUGGACAUCCAUGCAAAUGAAGUCCAGCUCUUUGUGGGUACCUUAGUUCUUCUCCUUCUUCCUAUGGUCUUGAUCUCAAUUUCCUAUGGAUUCAUUGCACAAGCUGUGAUAAGAAUCAAGUCAUCCCAAGCUUGGCGCAAGGCCUUAGGAACAUGUGGUUCUCAUCUACUAGUUGUAUCUCUUUUCUUUGGGACCAGCUCAGUCAUAUACAUUCAACCAAACAAAUCCUACGGUCAUAACCAGGGCAUGUUCCUCACACUCUUUUACACUGUUGUAACCCCCACUCUCAAUCCCCUCAUAUAUACUCUGCGGAACAAGGAUGUGAAAGGAGCUCUGAUGAGAUUGCUGAGGAGGGAACAAAAAUUCUAA